AUGGACGAUGACAUCGACAUUUUGGCGGACUUGGUUGACGAGGAUCUAGAUGAACUGGAGAAUGACCUGGCAUCCGCCCCCUCGCCUGAGAAACCGAUUUCGAGUCCCCAGAACCCAGAGGUCCGCUUAUCUGUCGCAGCAGCCGAGGAGGAAUCCGAGACCCUCAGGGUCGAAAUCCCGCGACAGCCAGAUGAGCAGCAGGAAGCGGAACUCCCGCAGGAGAAAAAUGUUCAGUCUCCGAAAACCUCGGAGGGUUUCCUGGAGCGAGAAAAUGAUGCUUCUUCUCUGGCUUCAGCCUCCAAACCUUCUCGAGAGCAAGCGGCACAAAAUGGAGAUGAUGAGCUCAAUUCUCAGUCGCAAGGGCUGGAUGGACAUACGGGACUCACAGACUGCUCAUCAGACGAUGAUGAUUAUCUCAACUCGACGGGGAAACAGGUCAACGACAUACUGAGGAGAAAAGAACUCGAGAAGAGGAAACGCGAGAACCCGUUCAAGCCGGCGAUGAGUGCAAAGGAACAAGAAGGCUGGACAAAGAUCAAAGCAGCCGGAUGCUCCGAGAAAAAGGUGGAGGUUCAAACCGAUCCUUUCUCUGGGAUACGUGUGAGGAACCCUGUGAUAUCGUCCGAUGCUCUCGGCAUAAAAAUGAGCGGGCGGAAAAUGAUCAAGAUUUCGACAGUUGCGUCUUAUUUGCAACGAAUGAAGAACCAGGAUGAAGAUUGGGUGACGAUUGGCGUUGUGGUCGGAAGAAGUGAUCCGAAAUCUUCCUCGAAGAGCGGGAAGCUCUUCUCUAUAAUCAAACUCGGUGAUUUGAAGAAUCUCGAGACGGCCGUGCAACUUUUCCUGUUCGGCGAUGUUCAUAUCGAAUUGUGGCAAAAGCUACGCGAAGGGCGUGUGAUCGGACUUUUGAAUCCGAAAGCCCUCCCCCACAGAGAGGGAUCCCAGGAUACAGCCAUCACCAUCGAUUAUUCCGGCAAACUUCUGGAAAUCGGCGAUGCUCAGGAUUUCGCUACUUGCCAGGGACGAGCGAAGAGCGGCCAGAAGUGCAGGAACGUUGUGAAUAAAUCUCAAUGUGCAUUCUGCGUUUACCACGUGAAGGCGGAGUUCAACAAAAUGAGUACCUUGAGACCGGAGAUCCAAUCGAGUUACUCCGGAGCAGAUCCGAAUCGACUCAAAAAAGCUGUUUUCGAGGCAACCGGGGGAGUUUAUGGCGUCCCGAAAGGGAUGACUACGGCGGAGAGCCGAGCAUCGAUGCGGCCCCGAGGCUCAACGAACGCUGAGCGGAAGCAGAAAGAGACCCUCAUACUGCAAAGUUUGUCACUCAAGCGCAAAGCCGACGCAGAACUGGAAAACUUGAUGGCGAGAAAGAAAUCUGGAGCAACCCAGCAGCCGAGAGACCCCACGGCUGAGUUCAUGGAAGAGCGUCUCAAAUAUCAAGGACCAGGAGCACGCUGCAUGCGGCUGGCUUUGGGCAAAGAAGAAACGCCCUCUCACGUCCAAAAGCAACAAAAUGGUGUCAUCACGUCUAAGGUGUUCAGUCCCGGUGAUAUGCUGCGACAACAUGCGGCUAGACAAAAACUCCUGGCGCGAACGCCGGUUCUCAGUGGUCGUCCCGGAGCAAUGAUCGAUCUCCUGUCUCCGACCCGAUCUCCGAAAACAAGCAGGGUGAGAGCGGAAAAAGCGCUCGAUGUCUUGAAGAAGAAAGGAGUCACACUGACCGGGGAGGACCCGAACGCGGUUCGCAAAGCCGUUGACAAGGAAAAAAUUCUGAAAAAAAUCGAGUCGACUCCUCCAGCGUCCAGCAAAAAAGACACAAAUGAGAAUGAAGCGCAUGCUGCCGUCACUCCAAAGUCCAAGAAACGGAUGGUGCUGGGCCGAGAAGUGGAUGACGACGAUGUCAAAAAAUUGUUGUCAACCAAGUCCAAUCACCAGCACGAAAUCGAUCAGGCCGAGGACGAGGCAAAAGCUGCUUAUUUUGCGAAGCUCGAAAAGAAGGAAGCUCUGGAGCAGAAAAUGUGCUCCAUUAUGUCCGUGAAGGUCAAGGUGGUGUCGUGCUCCGUCUGUAAUUACACGGCUGUCACCGCGUCGGAACUGUGCCGGAAAGAAGGUCAUCCAACGAAGACGCACGACGCUACGAAGAGGUUCUUCCAGUGCCAAGAUUGUAAAAACCGCACCGUUAGCUUCAGCAAGUUACCUUCGAAACCAUGCCGACGAUGCGGUGGGUCGAGUUGGAACCGCGUGGCGAUGUGGUCUGAACGAGAAGGACCCAAGAUGGAUUAUGAAAUUUUGAAAGUCCGUGGUGAAGAGAAGAAAUUCAUAGAUAGCAUCUAG